ACUCUAGUGGCUGGAGUCAGGGCAGAGCGUGAGGGGAGCCGGUCCUGGCGGGCUUGCUCGCAGCCCAGCGGGAGCGCCCAGCCGAGCAGAGCUUACUGGACCCUCGGACCGGGCCCGAUUCCGAGGCUGCAGCAGCUUCGGUUCCGAGCCCGACCAGAACGGAGCCCGAGUCCCGGCCCCUGAGGGGAUCACUGUCUACGGACCAGUGGGACCCCAAAACUUGAACGCAAUCCCCAGCCCCCUUUUUAUGCCUUCCUUUGUCACUUCCCCACCUUCCUCACAACGCGUUCUUUUUUUCCCUCUUGAUUCUCCCUCCCUCGAAGGACACAAAAGUGGCUUCCGCGGAAAGAUUUGGAGGCGGUGGGAGCUUUUCUCUUUCGAGAGCGACGGAGUAGAAGGGAUUUUUGGGACGGCGCUUUUUUAACACCUCUACCCUCCGCCCCCAAGCUUCUCUGUACCUCUCGGAGGAGAAAAGCCCGUAGAUUGAAAGUUCCGGGGGCAUUUUGCUGGGUGCUGGAGGAGGAGAGAGGGGGAGGAGGACCCGGUCCUCGUCCUGGUACUUGGCUGGACUUGUACCGGCCGUUGGAAUCCCGAAGUACAUUUCCGUGUGGGACUUCUACAGAUAUAUAUUUUUAGAUUUUUAAAUAGCAGAUAAAAAAGAUAUAUGCUUUCUAUAUAUUUCUUGACAACCUGCCCCUGACAGCGCGAUGUACAAUACGGUGUGGAGUAUGGACCGCGAUGACGCAGACUGGAGGGAGGUGAUGAUGCCCUAUUCGACAGAACUGAUAUUUUAUAUUGAAAUGGAUCCUCCAGCCUGUCUUUUUGAAAACUACUGUUGCCAUGCAUCCUGAAGGUUUCUAAUGACUACAUGGAUUGAUACGUCUACUGUAACUUACCGACAAUCUCUUCCACCAAAGCCACCUAAGCCAAUGACUUCAGGCAUUUCAAAUGGAAUAAAGGACAGUUCUGUUUCUCUUCAGGAUGCAGAAUGGUACUGGGGGGAUAUUUCAAGGGAGGAGGUAAAUGACAAAUUACGAGACAUGCCAGAUGGUACCUUCUUGGUCAGAGAUGCCUCAACAAAAAUGCAGGGAGAUUACACUUUGACUUUGCGGAAGGGAGGCAAUAAUAAGUUAAUAAAGAUCUAUCAUCGAGAUGGUAAAUAUGGCUUUUCUGAUCCUCUGACCUUUAAUUCUGUGGUGGAGCUCAUUAACCACUAUCAUCACGAAUCUCUGGCUCAGUACAAUCCCAAACUUGAUGUGAAGCUGACGUACCCGGUGUCCAGGUACCAACAGGAUCAGUUGGUAAAAGAAGAUAACAUUGAUGCAGUAGGUAAAAAACUGCAAGAGUACCACUCUCAGUAUCAGGAAAAGAGUAAAGAGUAUGACAGGCUAUAUGAAGAAUAUACCAGAACAUCCCAGGAAAUACAGAUGAAGAGGACUGCAAUUGAAGCUUUUAAUGAAACAAUUAAAAUAUUUGAAGAGCAGUGUCACACACAAGAACAACAUAGCAAAGAAUAUAUUGAGCGAUUUCGCAGAGAGGGGAAUGAAAAGGAAAUUGAACGAAUUAUGAUGAAUUAUGACAAAUUGAAAUCACGUCUGGGUGAGAUUCAUGAUAGUAAAAUGCGUCUAGAGCAGGAUUUGAAGAAACAAGCUUUGGACAACCGGGAAAUAGAUAAAAAAAUGAACAGUAUCAAACCUGACCUGAUCCAGCUGCGCAAGAUCCGAGAUCAGCACCUUGUAUGGCUCAAUCACAAAGGAGUGAGACAGAAGCGCCUAAAUGCCUGGCUGGGAAUCAAGAAUGAGGAUGCUGAUGAGACCUAUUUUAUCAAUGAGGAAGAUGAAAGCCUGCCCCAUUAUGAUGAGAAAACCUGGUUUGUUGAGGAUAUCAAUCGAGUACAAGCAGAGGACUUGCUUUGUGGGAAGCCUGAUGGCGCAUUCUUAAUCCGUGAGAGCAGCAAGGAAGGAUGCUAUGCUUGCUCUGUGGUUGCCGAUGGGGAAGUGAAGCACUGUGUGAUCUACAGCACUGCUCGGGGCUAUGGCUUUGCGGAGCCCUACAACCUGUACAGCUCACUGAAGGAGCUGGUGCUCCAUUACCAGCAGACAUCGCUCGUUCAGCACAACGACUCGCUCAACGUCAGGCUUGCCUACCCUGUCCACGCACAGAUGCCCUCACUCUGCAGAUAAAGAGGGAGUGGGAAGAGCGGUGGCUCUCUAGCAUUUUUUUCUACCGUUUUUAUUAGACUAUGAGGGCAUUCUUUCUACGUAGACUGCUUGUUUUGCACAAGAAGUGAUUCUGUGAAUGUGAAGUGGAGAGGCCGAGCAGCCGCUGGCCAGGACGGGGCACAAGGGGCCUGGGCUUCUCUGGGACUCAGCCGUGCUGCCGCACUGACGUAGGAAACUGGAAGCAGAUGUUGUUUUUGGGCAAGUCUGUUUCAUUGGGGUUCUUGUUUUCUUUGGCCAAGGCACCCUCAACAGAACACAUUAGAUUGGUGGGGGUUGGGGGUUGCACCCGGAGACUCCUGAAGAGUCCAGGUCCUCUUUUGGUCUUCGACUCUGAGAAUGCGGCAGGGGCGCGGCUCUGUCGGGAGUUCUGUUUUGAUCUGGCAGUCUCUCUUCCUCCCAAAAAGAAGGCUGUUUUGGUUCUGUGGUAGAAUGGCAUUUGUGGGAAAGACAACCAAAGGAAAACGGGGACGCUUGGGAUUUCAUUUAGAGAAUCUUAGGCAAGGAGGUGAAAAACCUUCACCUGAAGGUACUUUAUUUCUUGACCAACAUAAUUUAGGCAUCAGCAUUUCGGUAGCUCGUCCCUCUAAAGAAGCAUUAUGUUUAGAAACCAAAUUGAUCCCAGCAAAACAGUGUUUGUUGCCGGACCAAGGUCUGAUGGAGGAAGGCGGCACUAGUAUCUGAACGCACACUUCUGUACCAAAACUUGAAAAGGAAAGGAAACUAGAAUUGAUUAGUUUUAGCAUACACUAAAAUUAGUCAGUGUAACUCAUUCUACCCUGCCCUUGUUUCUCAGAGAUGAGGAAUAGUGUUCUUUUUGUGGGCAUGGUGAGCUUUGAAUCCUAAAAUGAAGUUGGUGCUUGUGUGGUGUUUCCUUAGCCUAAAGAAUGACCUGUUGUUUGAAACCAUUGUAACUUGUUGUAUGAGUAAAGAAAAGGUGCAAUCCAGUGCUUUUAGAUGGCUUGAUAUACCAAAUAAUGACGUAGAACAACAUCCUUAUUAUAUGUGCUUCCCCAAGUUUAAAGGCCCUGCAGAAACAGUAAACAUGGUUUAUUUUCCCCUCAUCUCCUUGUCCUUUGCCGGGUAGGGCUUAGGGUAGCCAUAGUGGCUGAGGCUGUAGCAAGAA